AUGCCGCUGGGAAAGAAAGCUCGCCCCAACUCCGCUGAAGGAAGGAUUGAAACCCAAAAUGUACCCAGUAUUCUGACGGAGUUGGGGCCUUCAUCUGGAGCCGUUGGACACAGCCUGCCGUGGCAAGCAGGUCGGGGGCUCUGCACUGGCGAAGUGGGCCAGCCCAGAGGGUUGGACUUUGGUGAGGGGAGUCUGGAGGAGAGCCCAAAGCCGGAGUGGCUGGAGAGAGAACUACUGAGACAGGAAAACCGACGCCACUCGCUCGCCCUCGGGGACAGCGCGAGACUGACCAGCCGUCAGCUCUAUAUUCGUGUCCCAAAUGCUUGCACGCUCGCUAAGCUCAAGAUUGAGCAGAGGGUGUCCCUUGAAAAUCUCAGCAAGCUGAAGUCAGCAUUUGAGGAUUUUGAAAAGGCUGGCACCAGAUCUGUUGACCUCCCUCAGUUCAGUCUAAUCAUUAAGAAGUGUUUGGGCCUACAUGAUAAUUGCAAUGCUCAGAUUCAGGAGCUCUUCAUGAAGAUCGAUUAUUCUGGACGAGGCUGCAUUGAAUGGGACGAGUUCUGCACAUACAUGCAGUUGGAGUUCAUUGAAAAGGAGGAGUCAGUGGCACGAGGAAAGCAGGUAGCCUUUGCGUUGCCAGCUACCAUAAAGGCACUGAGUCAUGGUGAGCCUGUUCUGAGGAUUCACGCAACUCCUGAUGGGACCAUCGUGACAGUCAGGGAAGAUGGAACAGUCAACUACUGGAGCUCCAAACUGCAGCUGAGGAAAAGCAAGAGUGUGUUUCAUGAAAGACCCAUUGGACGAACACCUAAGUGGGCCACAGAUUUCAUCACAAUGCCCCAGUAUAACAAGCUAAUCAUUGGAACAGGGGACCGAGAAAUCCAGCUGUAUGAGGUGUCCUCGCUGGAGCCUUACUGUCAGAUAAAUGGCCUGGAUACUGUGCCUCUGAAAUUAGACUACUGCUACACUGGACCUGACGAAUGUGCCAUCGUGUAUGGUGAUGCUCAGGGCUGUGUGAAUAUCAUAUUAAUGACAUCGGUGGGGGAGACACUGAGAUUGUGGAAGAAACUUCCAAAGGUUGAGACCGUGCCCAGCAUAGGCAUUCAUCAUGCAGUCCAGUCCUCAAAUGUGACAUACAUUAGUUGGAAAGUACACCAAGACUGGAUAACAAAGGUGAAAUAUUUCCAAACCAUUCCUGCCAUUGUGUCCUCAUCAAACCAUGAAGCCUCAGCUCUUGUUAUUGGCUGCAUCCAUCCAUCCACCAACAUUGAGCAGCAGAUGAGGGAGACUAAGGAGGGUUGUCGUGAUGGCAGGUCCAAGAAAAUAACAGCCAGCCUCAGCAACCCUCAGCAGAGGGCAGCCUACGACCAGACCGUCUUUUCUAUUUAUAAAGGGGCUGCGACGUUUGACCUCUGUAAGAAGCUUAACCUGCUGGUGACUGGGGGAAUGGACAGGCUGGUUCGCAUGUGGAAUCCUCAUGUUCCUGGGAGGCCCACUGGGAUCCUGAAAGGACAUUGUGCUCCUAUAGUCUACCUCUGCAUCUCCUCAGACGACGGUCGCAUUUUCUCUGUCUCCGCUGACAACGCCGCUAGGAUCUGGGAUGUGCAGGAUCAGUGUUGCCUGUUCACAGCUCACCCAAAGGCCAGCAUGCUGCGCGGGGACAUGGCUGCCUGUCUGUACUCAUCAGCUAUGAAGGGGCUCUACGUAGUCACAGACUCACUAGGCCUGCUUUCCCUCAUAACAAAGGCAACGGUGCAGGAUCUCUCCAUCAGGUCCCAUAAGGAAGCAGUGCUGUGCUGCGGCUACAGCCAGGCGUUCCGGCAGGUGGUGAGCUGCACCGAAUCCUCGGUGAUUAAAGUCUGGGAUGUGGAUACAGGAGCUCAGGUGUUUGAGUAUGGAGGUGCUCAUGGACAGACUGCAGUGACCUGCAUGACCUUUGACCCAAAAGGAAGAAGGCUUGUAACAGGUGGAAGAGAUGGCUGUCUCAAAAUCUGGAACUUCAACAAUGGCCACUGUCUGAAGAUACUCAGUCGAGAGGGUAGAGCUGAGGAGAUCUGCGACUGUUCCUACUUGCAAGUGCACAGGAGCUCGCUUGUGAUGUCUGUCGGCUGGGGCCGGAGGAUUGACGUUUACCUGGACUCGCCAGAGGAUACUUGGCAUGUUCAGAGGCCACAACCCUCAUGGCAAGAUGAUCUAAGGAAAGGACACAAAGAUGACAUCCUUUGCAUUGCACAGUGUCCACCCUGUCUACUUGCCACCAGCAGCUAUGAUGGCGAGAUUAUCGUGUGGAAUCUGGGGUCUGGACACAUCCAGUGUCGCUUUCUCACACCUCUGCCUCCACAGACAGAUGAGGCUCUAGAUUCUCAUUUGAAAAAUGUCCAUGUCCUCAGCCUCGUGUUCUUACGGACCCGGGCAUUAAACUCUACGUCCACCUCAGUGGCUUCUCUCAUAUCAUCUGGACCCCAAGGUCAUAUCCAUUUCUGGAAUGUGCUGAACGGGGGGAAAUUCUUUAUGUCUUUUAAGGCAUCUAGGUUCCAGCAGGAGAUCACAAAGUUAGCUGUCACCCAGGAUGACUGUCUGUUGUUUGCUGCUGACCACAUAGGGUAUGUCUACGUUUACGACAUCAAAGAUUGUGGCCUCACCCUCGAACAAAAGCUGCCAAAAACCACGAACUUCUGGCGUGCCCACAUUAGCAGCAUAUCUGGUUUGCAGCUCAUCGAGAGCCACCAGGUCCUGGUCACCUGCUCCACAGACUGCACGGUGCGUCUGUGGAGCAUCAAUGGGGAGUUUAUAGGCACUUUUGGGCAGCCAGAGAGAUGGAUUCUCCAUAUUGCAUCAUCCUGGAGGCACCCUGCGGUCCCCUAUGAGGUUCUCACAGACCCUCUGAGCAUGCCCUCGCACUCCAUACUAGAUGACAGGUUGACCCUGUCGGAUGCUCUCAGGUCUGCAAGAUCAGAAGACAGCAGCACGGAGGUACCUAGCACAGAGGAUACUAUGUCAGAUUCCCCCAACAAGGUCAAAUUCCUUCUGCCGUGCUUCAGUGACAGAGAUAUCGAGGAGGAGUUUAACGGUUCCUUUUAUCUCCAGCCUGGGAAGCGGCUUCGGCAUGAAAUAUUCAAACAUGCUAACAAGACUGUGAACCAUGACGGCCCGAAGGCGUACCACGCUUUGAAGUACUUCGAAGUUAUUGAUGGCCCCUCCACAUGUGAAAAGCCUGAUCUCUUCCUAGCCGGGAUCGAUCCUUUCAUAGCCAGCUCUGUGGAUGAGGAGUCCAUAGGAAUUUAAAUCACGGCUCCAGAGUCAUGUACCGUCGGGAGGCUCUGGGCAGCUUGCAAACUAUUUGCACAGUCCAGAGAUCAUAACAUUGACUUCAGUUUCUUUCAAAGCUAACUCGGUUCAAUUGAGGGUUUUUGUUUUUUUUGUAAUUUGUAAUGCAAUUCUCAGAACAAAGCAGGCUUCUCUAAAUUGUUGAUGUAAUAAAUAUUGAAUGACUGCUGUGAUAUAUUCACUAAAU